AUGGAGUGGGUGAUAAGUUCUUAUGAGGUGAACAAAUUGUGUUCGGAGCAGCCGUUCAUCUGCCCAGCCUGUUGUCCACUAAUGCUGGCUGUGUCCGUCGAUGGAAACAGAAAGCACUACCGCUUCAAAAAGGACGGGUGUACUGAUGAAGCAGGUUACUUUAAGGGUGUGCUUCUCUGCAAAGAUGAUGAGGUAGCAGCAUUUGUGGAAGACAUCCAAAAGAGGACCAAGCAUGUGCCAGGAAAGGGGGUUUGUGGCAGGUCUCAGCUGAAUGCAGCCAAAGAGACGAGUAAGAGGAGUAGCUCCAGCCUUGAUGAGCAGGGUAUAGAAGUAGCUGUGUGCCGACAUGGGAUUAUUCUUCGUGCUCUGAAUAUGUUCAGGGGUGAGAUCUUCGCUUAUCCCAUGUUCCUGCAGAAGGAAGUCUCUGCCAUCAUUCCUCCAACCUUCUUUUGCAUGGAUGUUAUUUGCAAAUAUUGGCCUUACAUCAGCAGAAUUUGUGAAGCCUACCCUGACUAUCAUCACCUCACUGCCAUGAAACCCUUUCUGUCUGUGCUCCAUGCCAAAGCACACGGUAUCAAGUGUGAGAUAAAAUGGGGAGGAGGAAAUCAGGAUGGAGCUGGUUCCACCUUGGGAGAGGAGGUGGAAAUGAUCAACUCCUUCCUCUCCAGGACUGCCAUAAACACCAAGUUUAUGGGAAAAGGAGCCCGCACAGACAUGCUGACUGUCCAGAUCUAGGACUGGAACAAAAGGAAGGUGCAAAACAUGUGCAAUACCUUAUGCUCCAGAUUU